UAUAAGUCGUCUGGUGGGCAGCGGAGCCGCGAGUUGCGUGGCGGCCGACGGCGACUGUACACGUAGCGGGCUCUCCACUCCUACCUUCGACUAGCGAGGAACGUGCCAGAAUUUGACGGCCAAUUGGAGCAAUCAUCUCGUUGAGAGUAAACAAACCGAGUAAGAUGCUACGGUGGACGUUGUUGGUGGCAGCGCUGUGCGCGGCGGCUGCCACGGCCCUGCCCGCCAGCACCCACGACCCUCUAGUCGUCACUCGAGAUGAAAAUGAGCCGAGCACAAGCCCGACGUCGUCAACGCCGGCGCCGCCGACGACGAGCGGGCCGCCGCCGCCGCUGAAGGUGACGGAGAUGGACGUGCGCUCCGAGGUGUCGAUGCGGUACGCGCGCACGGCCGUGGUCACGCGCGUGCGCAACCCCGCCGACCGCGGCCAAGAGGCCGUGUUCCGGGUGCUCAUACCGGAGACCGCCUUCAUCAGCGGAUUCCAAAUGACUUUGGACGGAAAGACGUACAAAGCUUAUGUAAAAGAAAAGGAAGAAGCUAAAAGGAUAUAUGACCAGGCAGUCUCUCAAGGAAUAAGUGCCGGUCAUGUCGCUGCCAAAGCCCGCGACUCCAACGAGUUCAUGGUGAACGUAAACGUGGGACCAAACAGCUUGGGUGUCUUCAAUCUGACUUACGAGGAGCUGCUCGUGCGGCGCAACGGCGUGUACAACCACGACAUCAACUUGCUGCCCGGCGCGCCCGUGCCCAAGCUCACCGUGACCGUGCAUGUGCGCGAGGCGCAGCCGCUCACCACGCUGCGUGUGCCCGAGGUGCGCACCGGCAACGAGAUCGACCCCACCGAGGAGGACCCCAGUAACGCGAUAGCGGUUAUCGAGAGGUCGGAGGACAAGCGCGAGGCGACCAUCACCUUCAAGCCGGAUCUCGAGGAGCAAAAGAGACUCAUGCAAGUCUAUGAGGAUAAAAGCAAGGAAUCGCAACAGUCUUCCAGACCUUGGUACCACACUGAGAAGACCCCACCGAAAGGGGUGCUGGGACAAUUUGUGGUGCAGUACGAUGUGGAACGCCCAAAGAAUGGUGAAAUUCUUGUGAACGAUGGUUACUUCGUGCAUUUCUUCGCGCCGGAGUCGCUGCCGCCGCUGACCAAGCUGGUGGUGUUCGUGCUGGACACGUCCGGCUCCAUGUCCGACCGCAAGAUCGUGCAGCUGCGCGAGGCCAUGCAGGCCAUCCUCUCCGAGCUGCGCGAGGGCGACCACUUCAGCGUCGUGGAGUUCAGCUCCAGCGUCAAGGUCCACGACCUGAAGGAAGCCGACGAGCCGGCCGCGUCCCCGCCGCAGGACUACUACUACAGCUUCAACAGCGACCACAGCCGCAAGGUGACGCUGCUGCCGCCCUCCCCGGCCACCAAGGAGAACAUCGAGAAAGCCAAGGUCAUCGUCAGCAGGCUCGUCGCGGUCGGAGGUACAAACAUCGCCAGCGCGCUCGACGUGGCCAUCGACAUCGUGCGCAAGGGCGUGGCCAGGCCGGCGCUCACGGGCAAGACGGGCGCCACGGGCAAGACGGGCGCCACGGGCGAGACCGGCGCCACCGGCAAGACCGGCGCCACCGCCGAGACGGGCGCCACCGGCGGCACGGCCGACGACCAGACCAGCGCUCCGCCGGCGGACUCCACUUCUGUCGCCCCUACUACUGAGGCUAACCAGGACGCUGAUGAAGAGAAGCAAGAGCUGGAGUCCAUCAUCGUGUUCCUGACGGACGGCGAGCCGACGGUGGGCGAGACGGACCCCAAGCGCAUCAUCAGCCGCGUCUCCGAGAAGAACUCGGGCCCGCGCAAGGCCUCCAUCUUCUGCCUCGCCUUCGGUGAAGACGCAGAUCGUACGUUCCUGCGCAAGCUGGCGCUGCGCAACGACGGGUUCAUGCGGCACAUCUACGAGGCGGCCGACGCGGCGCUGCAGCUGCGCGACUUCUACAAGCAGAUCUCCUCGCCGCUGCUCGACGACGUCACCUUCACAUACCCGCCCGAACAGAUCGCAGAGGGCUCGCUGACGAAGCACAAGUUCCGCACGUACUACGCUGGCUCCGAGGUGGUGGUAGCGGGCCGCGUGGCGCCCGACGCCACCGAGCUGGCGCCGCGCGUAGAAGGCUUCUGCGGCGUUGAGGACGGCCACGGCAAGAAACAUUACACGGUGUUCCCGCGCGUGCCGGUGGCGCGCGCGCGCGACCAGUACCUGCCGCUGGAGCGGCUGUGGGUGAGCCUCACCAUCCGUCAGCUGCUGGACCGCAAGGACGCCGCCGACGGCCCGCUGCCCGACGACCCGGAGGCCAAGGCCAAGGAGCUGGCGCUUAAGUACGAGCUGGUGACCCCGCUGACCUCUCUCGUGGUAGUGAAGCCCAACGCCACCAACGCCGUGGACACUCAGUCAGUGGACGAACCAAAUCGUCCAGGCGUCGGUGGACCCGUGGCCGCGCACAGCUUCGCCAGCUACCCCUCCUCGCUGCUGGUGGGCAACGCGGGACACGCGGGAUACCAGGCUUUCUCUGGCGCGCCUAUGCCGGUCGCGGACUUCGCCGUCGAAUCUGCUGACUAUUACGAAGCCGAGGAUUACGACGGCCAAGGCGAUGCAAAUCGAGGUAAAAUAAUACCUGUGUUAAGAGGUACAGCUCUUCUUACAAACAGAUCAGGUGGACCAUCACCGAUGAGUGGCUAUAGUAGCUAUAGUGGCUAUAGUUAUCCCCGUCGUCGGUACCACAGUUCUAUGUAUCGGACGGAUAGGCCUGCCAUAUCAGGAGGCUUAGCUGGAGGAUCAGCCGCGUAUGGGAUCGCGGGCCCGCCCCGGCCCGGCCUCCCCGCGCCCGCGCUCUACCCGCCAUCGGCGCCCGCGCACUACCCGUCCGCGUCCUACCGGCCCGCGGCGCUCGCGCCCCCGUCGACCACACGCACGACCGCUGCGGACCUCAACGAGAUGACUGCGAGCCCCUUGCAGCCCUACCACUUGGAGCAGUUCGGUUGGGUGCAACCCCUGCUCGAUGACAAAUCGGAUGCGCUCGUUUUACAAGUGAACGGGACGACUAUUAACCUUAAACUUACCAAGGAUAAUAAUGCGCCCUCUGAGGCGAGCGACGCGGCGUGCGCGCGCGCCACCGACGGCGCCGCCGGCGUGUGCGUCUACCUCACGCGCUGCGCCGCCGCGCGCAACAUCACGCAGCAGCUCUACCGGGACAUACACUGCGCAGUGCAUGCUUCCAACCAAGGGUAUGCAGGCGUGUGCUGCCCCAGCGCAAGCGUGGCGGCGCAGGGCCCGGCGCCGUGAGCUGUCCUGGCUGCCAACACUCAGAACAAUCUUGUUCGAAACACUUACAUAUUAUACUCUAAACAUUAUCCAAAUGUUGUGAAAAUGUGAUUUUAAUGUUUAAGUCAGACACACACUUAGACUUAUUAUAUAAGGUACUAUUUACUAAGUAGAUACGAAUAUGAAUAAUGUUUAUUAAAUGGAAGAAAAUUUCAGUAGUUAAGUGUUUAGUCCAUUUAUUUUGUGCGAUGUUUUGUCAAAUUCCAUUUUUUACUUCUUUGUCGAUAGCAUAACUUCAAUGACAGCAGUUUUUGUCCGCUUAGUGCAAUUAAAAAAAUAAAGAGUGAUAUAUCGCAUUUA